AUGGCCAGCUCUCGUGCGGUCACAGUCUUCUACGCGGCAGCAGCUUUGUUGGCCACUUUGGCCAGUGCUACAGAGACUACCACUACCACGAUGUCCAUGACGGCCACGAUGACGACCUCCGUUACCAUGACCAUGACGCACACGAUGACCAGCACCAUGACUGACACAAUGACGGACACGAUGACAACAACGACGGACCCCAACGCCACGACGACCACGACUACUGCUGGAGGCUCGGUCAGUGGAGUUCGGUCCACGUCCAUUUUUGCCGCCAUCAGCACCACGAUCAUGGGAGCCGUGGCGCUGCAGUGA